AUGUCGGAUCAGUCAAGCGAACAGUCUGAUCAUGAUUCAAUUGGCAAUGAAUCUAUUUCAAAUGAGCAUACAGACGAUGAAUCAAUAGUUCCUGAUGAUUCUGUUAAGGAGAGCGAAAUGUCGGUCAUUUUUCGAGGGAUCUUGGAGCAGCAAAUGGCAAUGAAUGAGAAGUUGGACAAACAAAAAGAGGAGAAUGAUCGUAUGCGCGAUACUUUGGGAGGCCUGUCUAAAUCAGUGGUGGCUAUUGAACAGCGCCUCAAACAGUUUGAGGAAAAGAACAAUACAAGUGUGAAGCGGAGUCGCAAAGCUAAAGUACCUGCUGAUAUAAAGAGCACUGUCAGAACAAUAAUUAAGCAAAAAGAAGACCAAGACGGUUUGGAAACAUUCGACGUGGAAGAAAGAGCAGACUCCCCAACGAAUCAGAUGAAGAUUAAGAGUCUCGCAAGAGAGGUUUAUCUCGCAGAAAAAAACUUGGGAAAAAAGACUUCUUUUGAGACGGCAAAAGAAGCGGUCAAGAUCCACUUUCAAUCCCGAAAGAAAUUGGCGCGCAAUCCCAUCACGCCAAGGAAAAAGAGAAGAAUGUGCAUGCGAAGCAGAAGGGAAAGGUUGUUGGAAAGGCGAUUAAAAGUUGUAACAGAUGAAGAACAGGAAGAAUUUGGCGCAAUUCUGAAAGUAGGGUACAUGUCAGAGGAUGAAGAUGACACUGAUGGGGAAGGUUGGCGCCACUUGGAAUUGCCUUGGAGAGCGAACAAUGUGACGCAGUUCCUUAGGACUUUGGACAGUCGAAUUAAGGAUACGAAGAAAGAAUUUAUGAAAGAACGGACAAAGAGAACCAGUUCUGGGUUAUCUUUUAAGAAAGCGCCUAAAGAUGCUCCUACAUGGGCUGUGAAGCAAUCUCUGCGGACAGAAUUUAAUAAGUCAGCCAGUGCAUCUCGUGGGGGAACUGCGUUACGGACGCGAGGAGGGAGGGGUGUAAGAACGCGCGGAGGUGUGCGACGAUCUAUUUCGUACUCUGCAAAAGACGUACUUAGCUCUUUUACUGAUUAAUCUGUAUAUCUGCAAA